GGACACACCGCUGAGAUGGGCUGACCAAACCAAUGACGGAGAGCCCGACGUAAUGGGCGAGCCGGUCGUAACGGAGCCGCAGGAGGCACUGAAGACCGGAACCUCGAGCGGUCGACGAGAAGCGACGAGACGACGCUCCCCCGAGUAUGACCGGAGGGAGACCAUGACGGAUAGGCACAGAGACGAAUGGCGAGAGAGUUCGAGGGAUUCCCAUUGGAGGGGCAGAGAUAGAGACAGAGUGCCGCCCAGGCGAGUCUUCGACCCCCAGACAAGGGAGUCGCAUCCGGUCCCUUACGAGAGCAAGGAUCGCUAUAUUAUUACGCACAAGGCCUCUGAGCCACCUGCUUUUAGGGGUUAUGGCAUUACAGAAUAUCUGGAGAAGUGGGAGCUUCAUGCAAGUCGGAGUCAAUGGCCGGAGGAAGAGAUUAUAGAGAACUUCCUAUUUAAUAUCUCCGACGUGCUGAUGAAGAAGGGGAAGAUCUCAGAGGUCGAGCGCUGUACUAUCUUCAUCGGACACCUGUCCAAAGGAAGACAAAAAAGUAUACUUAGAGACCUUCCGCGCGACAAGCUUGACUUCCCAGAAGUCCUAAAGCUCGCGAUAAAGGCAGAGGCAUAUGACUACAAGGACUUGGUGUGGAGAGGGAUAAGGAGACGAGACUUCUCCCUUUACAAGGAGUAUGCCACCGAUAGAUGUCCUGAUUUCAAGGACCAUCAUUGGUCGGAGAAGAAUGAAGCCGUGGUCGAAGAAGUGAAGGAGAUAAGGGACAUGGUAAAGGGAUUGACAAGACAGGUUACAGAAAUUGUAACCACCACAGGAGCCACGGCAUACCGGGACAAGCCUGGAGGGCCCUAUUCACUUCGCGGGGACCGGAGGAACACUGAUUCCUGGAAGAGUGUCGAGGAAAGAAAUCCUCGAACGCUGACUGAUUAUCGUACGAGGGAAAGAGAGAGAAACGAUAAGCCAUGGCGACGAAGGGAUGAUGAGAUAGACCGGGACCGCAGGACUCGCGAGAUGUAUGGACGUGCUAGGAGACUGGAUGACUACUCGCGUAGCCCUCGCUACGAGCCUGACGGGGCUAGAAGUGACUCUCGAGGCCGAUGGGAUAUAGGGAUGGUAGAUAUGAGAUAUCGGACCGCGAUGGACAAAGAAACGACAGAUAUGAAAGGUUGGACCGAGACGGAUACAGGGAUGACAGAUACGCGAGAUCGGACCGGGAUGGAUAUAGGGACGGAAGAUAUGAAAGAACGGAUCGAGAUGGAUACAGAGGUGGCGGAUAUGAGAGAGGAUAUCGAGACGGGGACCGGCGAGACGACUCGCGCGGACGGUAUGACCGCGGGGGAUACACAAGAGAGCAGCGCGACGAUUCACGGGGAUGGUGCAACCGAGGAGAUCAACGUGAUGAAACCAUAUCCGAAGUCCCCUGACCCCAGAGCAGCGAGAGGAUCGACCUUUAGAGGUGUAGACGACAGGCCACUCACUCCCAGGAACUCUUGCGUCUACUGUAGAGGAGAUGAUCAUAUUAAGAGAGAUUGUCCGGACCUCAAACCGGCAAUAGAUGAGAGACUUGUCGUGCUUGACGACCGCAAGUACGUCAAGUGGGCAGAUGAUCUGGAAGAUGUAUCGAUGUUCCCUUCGAUGAAGGAGAAUGUCGAAGCAAGGAGAGUAAAGYCGAGUAAAGGAAAGGAGYYGGUCAGGAGCCAKAGCAUYAAGAUAACCUUUGAGGGGGAUAUGGCGACCACACCCAUAAGGGUGGCAGCCACCAAGUCGGCGAGAGGGUCUACAUCGAAGAAGACUGACACGGAUUACAGGAUGGCGGAGAAGGAUGGACAACGGAUCGACGGAGAGGAGGUUAUUCUUUCGCCGCGAAAGCGGGGAGUGAAGAAGUUCUUGAUGAAGAGUUCGCUGGACGAGAUUGACACGCCGGCUCGCGAUGAGUUACAGAUGAUCACACGGAAGACUCGCAUACCUCUAUCGGAGGAGGCUCAGGGGGCCCCUAGGGCGGAAGCUCCUACUGUAGCAGUGACGGGGGUGACUGCCAGAGCGGAUCGCAUGGCGAAAGUCCUUCUUGAUGGGAUGGAAGGUGUGCCUCAUGAGAAGUUUUACAUACUUGGUAGUGGGGCCGUGGAGACGAUCAUAAACAAUGGAGCGGUACUAGAUGCUGUGAUCGAUAACGACAGCGAGGCUGUCAUUAUAGACGAGGAUCUGGCAGUACAGGUUGGACUGGGCCUCGAUAGGUCAUACCUAUUUGAGAUAGAGAUUGCUGAUGGGAGAAAGCAACAGAUCACUGGGGUUUGUCACGAGGCAGCCAUAGAGGUCCAAGGGGUACGAGUGACCCUGCCCGUCUUUGCAGUCAAGAACUGCAGCUCCGAUCUGCUCUUGGGACGAACAUGGUUGAGCCACGUGCACGCGGUGACUAUAGAGCGACCGGAUGGGAUCCAGACAUUGUCCAUUAAGAAGCUAGAUGGGACGAGGGUUAUGAUUGAGACGUUGAGCCUCGGGACCCGAGGAACAGAGCAGCUCUUGCAGUGGGAGCAAGACCCAGUGAUCAGAUUAAGUCAUUACCUAUCUCUGGCCACGCGUGCGAUUUCGUGAGAAGAAGUAUGGACCACUGCUCACAGAGGAAGAAGGUCGGAUCGUGGAAGUGGAAGAUUUGGGGAGUCGGCUGAUAGCAGACGAC